AUGGGCAACGAUUCGUCUAAAUCGAAGUCCUCGGGAAACAAAGGUGUAGCUUCUACAUUAGGUAUCAGAGCAGGACCGUCACAAGCUACCGUACAGAGACAUAUUGAAAAUGCGCAGAAGAGCAGGAUUCUUCAGUUGAAGUCCUGUGGUUUGAAGACUUUGCCGCCUUCCUUGAACGAGCUCCAUGAUGUGAUACGAAAUCUCGAACUCAGUCAAAAUAAGAUAAAGGAGUUACCACCAACUAUAGGAGCGUUCGCCGUUCUCAAGCAGUUACACCUUUCUGAAAAUGCACUCACUGAACUACCUCAUGAGAUUGGGAUGCUGAAAAAUCUUGAGAUCCUCCACGUACAGUCUAACAAACUGUCGUCACUGCCCGACAGCAUGGUUGGCUGCACAUCUCUGAAGACUCUCAAUGUUUCGGCAAAUAGUUUCACUCAAUUUCCUGUGGUAGUCUGUCACCUGAUGUCACUGGAAACGCUGAAUCUUGCCCAAAACACCAUCACUGAGCUACCAGAUGAGGUGAGCUCUUUGAAUGCAUCUGAAGUGAACUUGAAUCAGAAUCGUCUCAAUUCUCUCAAUGCGGAUGCUCUUGCCAAAUGCCCUCACUUGAAAAUUCUCCGAGUUGAAGAGAAUUGUCUUGCCAAAAGUGAAUUCACCGUAAAUCUGCUAUCGCACUCCCCUGUCAGUAUUAUAAGUUAUUCGGGUAACAUCUUCCAAGAUCGAGAAUUCCAAGAUCUACCAGGUUAUGAGAACUAUCAGGAGCGCUUUACUGCGACGCGACGAAAAAUG